AUUCUCUUGUGUCAGAAACGAGUGUGCUAUCACCGGAAUAAAAGGCGUUAUAAUUUUUGCGGUUUGCGGCUAAUACUCCUCGUUUUUUAGAUACGAUACUGUUCUCGAAAUUCAAUUAAACUCAGAAAUUCUUUGAUUGAGGGAUUGAAAGUUUUAUAUUUCUAGAACCAGUACUAAUCCAGUGGAAGGAUGGCCUUUAUUGAUCUAUCCGGGGAUGGCGGAGUACAAAAGAAAAUCCUCAAGGAGGGAACCGGUGAGGACACCCCGUCGAAUGGCUGCAGUGUUGUGUUGCACUACACCGGGACGUUAGACGCGGACGGAAAACAGUUUGACUCAAGUCGCGACCGCAAUGAGCCUUUCGAAUUCAAACUGGGACAGGGAUCGGUAAUUAAAGCCUUCGACAUGGGUGUUCUUACGAUGAAGUUGGGUGAGAAAAGUAUACUCAAAUGUGCUCCCGAGUAUGCUUAUGGUGCUUCGGGUAGCCCACCCAAUAUUCCACCGAAUGCGACACUUAAUUUUGAGCUUGAGAUGCUUGGCUGGAAGGGAGAAGAUUUGAGUCCUAAGUCCGAUCGGAGCAUCGAGCGUUUUAUUCUCAAGACCGGGGAGGGAAAGAAAACUCCAAACGAUGGAGCAUUGGUUAAGGUUGAUUUAGUUGGUCGCCACGAAGGACGUAUCUUCGAAGAACGGAAUGUAGAAUUUAACAUAGGAGAGGGAGAAAUAGCAGGCGUUGUGUCUGGCGUUGAGUUAGCAUUAGAGAAGUUCAAGAAAGUGGAAACUUCUAAGCUGAUUAUUAAGCCACAGUUUGCCUUCGGGGAGAAAGGUAAUCCGGAGCUUGGAGUUCCACCGAAUGCUACAGUUGAGUACACGGUUACUUUGAAUGAGUUCGAACGGGAGAUCGACAGUUGGAAGCUGGAUGACGAGGAACGAUUGGCACAAGGCAAACUUUUCAAGGAAAGGGGCACCAACUAUUUCAAAGAGAACAAAUUCAGCAUUGCGCUGAAAAUGUACGAGAAGUCUUUGGGCUUCCUGUCAAGUAGCGGUAAAUAUUCCGAAGAAUCCAAACAGUUGAAACUUGCAAUUUAUUUGAACAUAGCGCUCUGUCAGCAGAAGAUGAGUAACUUCGACGAUGCAAAGGACGCCUGCAACGAGGCUUUAAACAUCGAUAACAAAAACGUUAAGGCCCUUUACCGACGGGGUCAGGCAUUGUUAUCAUUGGGAGACUUUGAAAGGGCACUGGAAGACUUCAGUGCCGUACAAGAGAUUGAACCGGAAAAUAAGGCUGCCUUAAAUCAGAUUACAAUCUGCAAACAGAAAGUAAAGCUAUAUAAUGACCAACAGAAGAAAGUGUUUGCAAACAUGUUCACCAAAUUUGCCAAAAGUGACAAGCAGCGUGAGGAGGAAGAGCAAAGCAGACAGCCAGAUGUGAUGAAGCAGAACUUUGGCGAAUGGCGGGAUGAUGAACGUGAACACGAACCGACUCGCUUCGAACAGGAGAAUCCGGAUGUCAUCAUGCUUAGUGAAUCGUUGAAAGAGUUUAGAAACAUGUGAAGAGAUAGUGGGCACUCAUUCCUUCUACUGAAUCAUUUGGUUGCAUUGUGCUUAGAAGUGUGCUGAGUAGUGGAAUAACACUCGAAAUUAAAAUUCCUUGGAAAUCCUUAUAACGUACAAUGGUUCUACUCAUUGUAUUGACAUAUUGUGAAACUAUGGUAAUAUAAAAUAAUAGACAUAAAAAUAC